ACUUUUCCCACCGCUGAUAUUUUAUGGGCGUAGCCCAGUCGCAUGUUUUCGCAGCAAAUGAUAUGACGUUGCCGUUUCCAUGUUUUUGUCAAGCUUGGACAGCGCAUUCCUUGAAACUGUGGACCAUAAACGAUCUUUAACUCCAACUUGGCCAGCCAGGUGUUGUAGACAGUGUGGUGUGGCGUCAGUGCACCCCAGCCUGGGUGCAAUGUUCCUCAGCUCCACAUGAGCUCUACUAUGUGGUACAUCAUGCAAUCUAUUCAAAGUAAAUAUUCCCUGUCCGAGCGGCUCAUCCGCACCAUUGCUGCCAUACGCUCUUUCCCACACGACAAUGUGGAGGAUCUUAUUCGAAGGGGAGCUGAUGUGAACCGUAUGCACGGCACUCUGAAGCCCUUGCACUGUGCCUGUAUGGUGGCGGAUGCCGACUGUGUCGAGUUGUUGUUGGAGAAAGGAGCAGAGGUGAAUGCCCUGGACGGCUACAACCGCACAGCGCUGCACUACGCAGCAGAGAAGGACGAGGGCUGUGUGGAACUCCUCCUAGAGUACGGGGCCCAGCCCAAUGCAUUGGACGGCAACAAGGACACCCCACUACACUGGGCGGCCUUCAAGGACAACCCUGAGUGCGUCAGGGCUCUGCUGGAGAGCAGUGCCUGCCCCAACGCACGAGACUACAACAAUGACACUCCGUUAAGCUGGGCCGCCAUGAAAGGCAACCUAGAGAGUGUGAGGGUUCUGUUAGAAUACGGAGGCCAGGUCCAUGUUACUAACCUAAAAGGCCAGACACCCAUCUCUCGCCUGGUGGCCCUACUUGCCAGGGGCCUGGGGGCAGAGCAGGAGGAGGAGUGUCUGGAGCUGCUGUAUAAGGCAGCGGGGAGGUUUGAGAUCCGCCGGGCAGAUGGUACCUUACCCAGGGAGCUCAGUAAGGAUCCCCAGCUCCUGGCCAAGCUGACCAGUAUGGUGGCUGAAGCACCGACGCUACGCGCGCUGUCUCGGUGUGCUGUCAGACAGAGCCUGGGGGUGAGAUUCCUCCCCACUGCAGUCAAAGAGCUGCCUUUACCAGAGUCGGUCAAAGAGUACUUACUGCUGAGAGACUGAACUUACAGGGGGUGGGACUAGAGGUGACAGGAUGUUUAAUCACUAUCAAUCGUAUUCAGACUGGAAAUCUGUGCUUAGCUCAAAUUAGCUCAGAGUUGCACGCACCUAUCUCACCUAUUUAACAGUUUAUGAUGCAUAUAUUCUGACAUUUCUCCGUAAUGAGGAAUGAUGUUGAUUCUAGAUAGUAUGAGGUGUUGUAGGCAGUCCAAAAGGUCACAAUGAGAAGAGGAAGUACUUAGUUCUUAUGUGGUUGUGUGUGUAAAAUUUGAGUGAUUCGCUUUUUCUCAGUGCUUCCCUCUCCGUCAGUGGGUCUGCAGAAUCAGCCUUGCAAUCCCAAAAAACAUAGUGUAAAAUAUGGAAUUGCAUUUCAUUCAAUGUUGCAUUUCAUAAUAAUUGAGUAUAAUCACUCUUCAUGUUACAAAAUAAUAGAAAAUUGUAGAUUACAAUUAAAAUCACUAAUAUAUUAUAGAGAUCAGUGUGCUGGGUAAUGUUGUUACAUAAUGUUGAUUAACAGAUAUGUGACUGUUAUACAAAAUCAUCUGUAUCAUAUAGCACUUCCUGGCAGGAUUGGGGUCAAUUCUGAAUAAAGUUGCGAAUUGGUGUUUAAUUCCAUUCUUGAAUUUGAAUUGGCCACACCCCACAGGAAUUAUUAUAACACAGGAAUUAUUAUUAUUAUAAUUACAGUGGUUUGGAAUAUUGUAAGAUCAUUUUGAAGGUUGUCUAUAAUAAUUAAAAUUCACUUACAUGUUAUUAGAUAAAAUAAAAAUGUUUUCCAGAAUGCAUUAGCUCAACCACUCAGAACAUCUCAUGACAAAAAUACAAACAUCUGUGAGUUAUAAUAAAGCAAAUAUUUGAAAUGGUAUCUGUAUUCUUCAGUAAGAGGUGGCAGAUGCUUCUGGCAAAAUAUUUGUCAAAGGAAUGAAACUUGAUAUUUCAUAUCUAAUUUUGAAUUGGUUUUUAAUUGAAUUCUACUUUAAUUCAAAUUCUGCUUCCUGUCGUGUGUGGCGAAUUCGAAUUUCAAUUUGUGUGGCGAAUUUCAAUUGACCCCAACCCUGCAUCCUGGACUAAAUAUAUGGGUAUGCCAGCCGGUCAAAUAUAUGUGUCAAAAUGUGAUUUGCUAUUUGUGUUAGCUAUACACUGUACCUUUUCCAUUCAAAAAUGUGUAUGUUGGCUUAUUUUAGUUGAGGUAUGCUGAUGUACAGCCAACUAUAGAUAUUUUUUCUAUAGAACCUAGGUAAAGUUUUAUUUUAUAAUUUUUACAUCAGGAUUUUCCAUGGUGCUUUUUAUGGUCCAAAACUUUGUGCACCACAGAUUUAAAUGUGACCAUAAACAAUGUAACCAGCAAACCAUAUAAAGGUAUUUUUCAAAAUUGUUUAUUUUAGGCAAAAGCUUUCAGUAAUUGUAGAAAUUGUCAUAGUGGCAUGAAUUUGGAUGUUUUUUAAAAUUGUAUUUAAAAUAUAUAAACUAUAGAAGCUUUGACCAAUGUACUUUAGUUUGUAGUGAAACUCAAGUGACACAUUUUUGACAGUUGUUUAAUGUGUUUGUUUCUGUUUGCUUGUUUGCCAGGUGUGUACAUGCAUAACAUUGAUAGUUAAUUUGGUUCUCUUAGACACCAAUGUAAACCUACAAAGUGCAUUUUUCUGUUAAAUAAUGGGAAAAAAAUAAGUAAACGCCUUCCCUUAUACUA